CCUAUUUAAAAUCAUGUACAUUUAAAAUUAAAUCAGUUUUCCUGAUAAAUUUUAACUAAUGAUGAAGCUUACGCAUAUUUUUGCAUUCAUUUUUGUUUUCGGCGCAAUUUCGUCAAUGAAUGAAGAAAAUGCUAUAAACUUUAAACUUAGCUUAAAUUGCAGUAACGAGUUAAUGCGAAUUUCAAUAAAACCUACGCAAGAGUUUCAUGGAUUUAUAUAUACCAAAGGGAAUUUCAAAAAUAAAGAGAAAAAGUGCUUUGUUGACGCAGAAAAACACCCAAAAAAUAAAACUUACGAGUUAGAAAUACCAGUGCAUGAUUGCAAAACGAAGAAAAGUGGCAAGUUAUUCUCAAACACGGUGAUAGUUCAGCAUGACAGAGACUUUAUCACAUCAAAAGAUGUGGCAUUUAAGCUGAUAUGCGACCUACAAAAGAAACAUACAUUAAACCUGAAAACAAAAUUGAAGAAUGGAACAUAAGAUAAAACAAGGUAAAGUGUAAGGGAUAAGUAUUUUUUUUUGUUGGAAAAGAUACGAAUAAAAAUACCAAGUGAAAAAAUAUCAAAUUCUUUUAUUCAUACAACCAACUUCGCAAUAAUAAUAAUUAAACAAUAUCCCUCACUAUCUGGUUGGUUGUUCUCUUUUAGCUACACACCUUAAAGACUAAUCUUUUCACUUUUUUCGACAUAAACUGUUUUUAUAAUAAACAGACCACCCAAUUAUAAUCAACAAUUAUAGUACAAUAGUGCAAUUAAUUAAUUAAUAAUAAAAAUCAGUCAAUUAUAAAUUCGCUUUAAAAAGUAUCAAAAAAGAAAAAGGUAUAACAACAAAACCAACAACUAAAAAAUUGAGAGAAAGACGAAAGGAAAUUAUUUUAUCCAUCUGAUUGAAUGUAUAUAUAAGGUAAUAAGAGUGUAAAUAAUCUUUAUAAUUAUU